AUGGACGCCAUCUCUGGUAAAAAGCGACCGGAGGAGCCCUUCUCUCUCCUAAAUGGGCUACUUAUCUCUAAAAAGUUUGUGCGUCAUUUUGAUGCCGGCAAGUUCGUCAUAGAACCUGAUAUUCCAGAUAUUGUUCGGGAGAAUACGCUAGUGUCCACAGUCAAGCGGUGGCUCCAUCACAAGCCGCAGGAGUACCGGGUCAGGAUAGUUGACCCAGACUGGGAAGUGAGUGAGGAAGGGAUCUCUAGAAGGAUCAGUCUCACAUUUGGACAGCUUGACGGAAGCAAGCUGGUUUUUCGUUCUAGCUUCCGCCCUGCAGCGAGGUAUCUGUACUUCCAUUAUUAUGUGCAGGUGCUACGAAUGUGCUGGCAACAUAGCAGCCAGGGAAAGUCAAGCCAAGUAUCUGCAGUCCAGACAUGGAAAGGAAGCCUAUUCUGGGGGCGCGUGGGGAGAUAUCUACCGCGUAAUAUGAUUUUGGUACUCAUUAAAGGGAUGGGCCGCGAAUAUCAAUUUGUGCUCAAGGAGGCUGCGGGGAGUCGGCCCGAUAACGAUAAUCUUCUUCUGGGACGUUUCGUUAAAAGUUCCACGGUGCGACCAUGGAAUUUGGUACCUGAUGGGUUCCAAAAUGUUGUCUCAAAAGACGAGGUUUCGGAUGAACUUGGAGGAUAG